UGUUGCCCUGCCACAGCGCGUCGCUUCCGGCCGGGGCUGCCGGGAUGGGCGGAGCGCGGAGCGAUGGCGGCUGAGCUGAAGGCGGAACACACGGAACAGACGGAGCACAACCCGUUCUCCUUCCGAGAGUUCGUGAGGAGCAAAGCACGGAACUGCGACCGAGCUGCGACCGACAGAGCCGAGCAGCCCGGCCUCUUCAAUCCCCCCCCUCAUGCUGUGCCGCUCGGGCCCCUCCUCCUGCCGGGCCCGGUGCCCCGCUCUGAGGUAGAGGAGGAUGAGGAUGAGUUGGAGUGGAGCGGAUCGUACCGGCCCGCGGCUGCAGAGCGGGAACACAGCGAUGGAUUGAGGGACAGCGCUGAUACACGGCAACGGGGAUACGAGGAGCUGAAAGCAGAGAACGCCGCGUUGAGGAGGAGGGUCCGUGAGCUGCAGGAGAUCUGUGGAGAUCAAGCAGAUGUGAUGAAAAAGCUUGAAAGAAAGCUCAAGGAAAACAAACUCAAAGAAGAGAAGGAAGCUCAGGACUUGGAAGCGAUGGUGCAGCACGUGGAGCAGAACCUCCAGCUGAUGACUAAACGGGCUGUUAAGGCAGAAAACAACGCUACGAAACUAAAGCAGGAGAACGCAUUGCUUCAGGUCCAGCUGAAGAAUUACCAGCUGGAGAACGAAGCCCUGAGGUCGGGGCAGUCAGCAAACCUGGCUGUGGUGAGGCAGAACGCAGACACAGCCCUACAGAACCUCCUGGCUGUCAUCACCAGCUCUCGAUCUUCAAUCAAGCAGCUGCUUUCUGGAGCAGAAUCACUACAGCUCGUCGCCGACCUCCUUAAAUCCAUAGACAGAGUUUCGGAGGUGUCGGAUGAUGGGCAAUGAAACCCAACAUGGACCUACAGGCUGAGCUCAGCGCUGAGCUCCUCAUUGAGCACUACAGAGCAGCUCUUCCAUCCAUGGCUGAGGUUGGAAGCAGCACGGGGUGGGACCCAUCCCAUAUAGGGCAGCGCCCUGCCGUGUUAUGGACGGUGCCAUAGUGGGGCUGCUAUGAACACCCGGCCUCCCCCCGUCGAACUGGGCCGGGCCGGAAGCGCCUCCCCCUUUAUAAGGGAUCCAUUAAAGGCGGAAGUGACGUUGGGUCGCGGUAGUACUGAA